UCGAAUGUUUUACCUUUUUUCUGCUGGAUCUACUAGCUGCCUAUUCUUACGUACAAUUGAUGCUUGUGUACACGCAAUGCUUCAUGAUCAGUGUCUCUAUAAAGUUGAAACAGGCCGACAACAUACUCACCGCUAUACGUAGAAUUGAAACAAAGAUACAAAGAACAGACACAAAUAGGCCACUUGCCGUCUUCGAACAGCUGCAAGACGAGCGUCUCGUUAGUAAACAGAUCACUUUGAUUGGCAGCAUUUUGACUGAUCAACUGCCUUGUGUUUUAUUUGGCGUAACCUUUGUCUACUGUGCCGUCUUAUUAUAUUGCAACAGACUUGAUGGAAUCCGUUCUUACUGCUGGCAGCUCGAGAAGCUGGGCGAUUUUUGCUUUGGUGCUUGUUACUGCUCUCAAUCUAGUCGGUAGUUACAGGCUGGAAAAGGAUGAAGAUCGUAUUGACUUUCAUUUAGAAUUUGAUGAUACUCUAGACAGAAUAAGGAGGCAAGAUACCAACGUUCCAAUGCCUACUGGCACUGGACCAUUCAGAGACCACAAAAAACCAUCUAGCCCUUCUUCUUCCUCGCCUUCAAUGCAAAGUCCUACCACAUCAGAGCAUCAGACAGCGCCAUUAACAAAAAUUACGAGUCAGCAACCAACGAGCAACACAUUAAAGCCAACAACGAAUUUGAUGAGUCAAGAGCCAAAGAGUACAUUAAACUCAGUAACAUACCCGACGAGUCGACCAGGAAAGAGCCCAUCACCAAAGGCCACCACUUCUGCACCAAGUCACACAUCGACGGAAAGCACGACAAUAUUAAACUCAGUAACAUCCCUGACGAGUCGACCAGGAAAGAGCCCAUCAUCAAAGGCCACCACCUUUGCACCUGCAUCAAGUCACACAUCAACGGAAAGCACGACAAUAAGUACGUCAAUUUCAACUCGAGACACAUCUGCUGUGUCAUUCAGCACCACAUCGAUGCCAGACGAACACGGGGCGACAACACCUGAAGAUAUGGAUGUUACCGACGAUAUGGAUGAUACAGAUCAAGAACAGAGUGGAAGUGACAAAGUUUCUACUGAUGGCAUCACUAAAGCGUUUUCGACUGUACACUAUGUGUCUUCUACAGUCUCUAUUGACGAUGUUGAUGCCUCUCCAGUUGGCACCGGUACAAGUACGUUGCCUACAGAAGCUUCAACGGGCAAAUCCGACGAAGCAGGUCUUCCUACGUAUGUGAUUGUUGUUGUGGUUGUACUCGUGAUUGUUGUACUUGCUGCUCUCGUAAUUUUUGCUUACUGUCUGGCUAGAAGAGGUAAAUAUUAUUACGCACCAUUGACAUAAAUUCGACUGCAAGCAAAGUGAUGUUCUCUAACACCAGUACAAGUACGUUGCCUACAGAAGCUUC